AAAAACGUUGUUUUGACUAGCGGCGUGUCACGGAAGCCGAACGAAAAAGGAGUUUUUUUUGGAAAAACGAGACGACCGGGAACGUGAAAAUGUUUAAAAAGUUCGAUGAAAAAGAAAGCAUCUCCGGAGUGCAGCAGCUAAAGUCGUCCGUUCAGAAGGGCAUUCGUGCCAAGCUGAUUGAGCAGUUUCCCUUCGUCGAGAGCCACAUCGAUCUCAUACUACCCAAGAAAGAUGCCUUCCGGAUAGUGAAAUGCCACGAUCACAUCGAGAUUUUAGUCAACGGAACCGGAGAGCAGGUGUUCUUUAGGCAUCGAGAUGGCCAGUGGAUGCCGACCCUUCGACUUUACCAUCGCUUCCCGUUCUUCCUGCCGAUGGAACAGGUUGACAAGGGCGCUAUACGGUUCGUGUUGAGCGGUGCGAACAUCAUGUGCCCCGGUUUAACGUCGCCCGGUGCAUGCAUGACGCCGGUCGAGAAGGGCACCGUCGUGGCAAUUAUGGCGGAAGGCAAAGAGCACGCUCUUGCCAUCGGACAGACCACUAUGUCCACGGAAGAUAUCGCAAAAUGCAACAAAGGUGUUGGGGUCGAAAAUUGUCACUAUCUCAACGAUGGACUUUGGCAGAUGAAACCGGUUAAGUAAAACUGUGGAAAGCAGGAUUCUUUUCGAAGGUGUAAAUAAAUUUGCCAUGCAAAUCGA